AUGUUUGUUUCUCCAAUCAUGAUUAUAUCCCUUAACAUAAUAUGUAUUAAAUAGAAUAUAUAUAUUUAGAAAUCUUUGACAAUUAUAAUAGAUAUUCCUUCAUUACAUUCCUUCUGCCUAUAAUCAUUUAUUAAUAGAAUGAUAAAGAGAUUUUUGUGAAUAGAUAUUUUAUGCUGAUCAAAUUGUUACAUCUCUUUUUGCUGAUGUUAUAUUAUAGUUUGCUAGAUUUUAAUGAUGGUUAGCCAUUGGUUCAGUUUCUUAUAGUAACAUUACUAUUUCUAGUUAAAAAUCAUAAUCAUAAUCAUGAUGGCGAACCCAAAUCAAUUCAAAACAAUUUAACUAUGAUUGAAGAAACAUGUAACUUAAAAACUCAAACAGAAUAUGAUAAAAUAAAUGAUACGACAAAUGGAAUAGUGGGUGUAAUUAAAUUAAAUGAAUAAUUUGAAAUAAUUUACUAGAAUAAAAAAUCUUGUUAUUUAUUGUAAGAUAAAUAAUUAAAUGAACUAAUUAUGCAAGCCCCAACUUUAAUUGACAAAUAAACUAAGUUGUUACUCUAAGAAUAAUGCAAUAUUAAAUUACAAUCAAUCCAAGAUUUUAGAGAUUCCUUAACAUUAAUUACAUUAAAAGAAUUGCUGGAUAACAUUAAAUCUAAUCUACCUCUACCUCAUUAAUUAGAUGUGUAUGUACUUCAAGAUUUUGAGAAACAUUUCUUUUAGAUUCUUAUUCAAAAGGAAAAUUGUGAUAAGAUAACAUAUACUAUAAUAUUCUAAGAGAUGUCUGAUUAUUCUCAUUAUAUAAAAAAGAAACACUCUCAAACAACUAUGAAAUAAUUAUUCAAGAGUUUUAGUCAUGAAUUGAAUACUUCUUUGAAUUAUAUCUUGGCUUUAGCUCAAGUUGCUUAAUGUCAUGAAAAUGUACCUAAAGCUGUAUCAGAAAAGUAUUUUCUUCCAAUUUUACAUUGUGGCAGGAUUAUGCAUAGUUUAAUUAGUGAUAUAAUGGAUUACAAUUUAAUAUUAAGUAAAUAAUUCAAUGUGGAAGUAAGUAAUUUUAACAUACCAUAAUUGAUUAGUGAAGUUGUUGAUCUAUUUAAAUAUUAAAUAAAUUAGAAACAUCUUAAAAUUCAAUUUCAAAACAAUCUUAUUAAUUAUGAUUUAGUAAGUGAUAGAAAUAGAAUUAGAUAAAUUUUAAUCAAUUUAAUAUCAAAUGCUUAAAAAUUCACUUUUUCUGGUUAAAUUAGAAUUUAAGUUGGAGCAGUUAUAAAUAAUAAAUAAUUAUGUGCUAUUUUUCAUGUAUUCGAUACAGGAAUUGGAAUGAAAUAAGAAGAAGUAGAUAGAUUACAUUAACUUUUAUCUUCAGGUAUACCAUAAUCAGCUAGAAUCUCAUAAAAUACAGUUGGAUUUGGAUUGGGAUUAUAUAUUUCCAAUAAAAUAGCUGAAGUACUUAGUUAAACUAGAUAUGAUAAGGGAGGAGGAUUAAGAUUCGAAUCAAAAUAUUAAUCAGGAUUUCAUGCUUGGUUCAUGGCUAGAAAUUAAUCAUAUAGUCCUGUAUAUUAAUAAAGUAAUCCUACACCCAUUGUUCGAAUUCGUAAGAAGAUUUAAAUUGACACAAUGGAAUCAUAAAUUAGUAGAGUCAAUGCAUUACCAAUGAGAUAGAAAUUUUCGUAGAUUUUAGGAAUCAAAGAUUUCAAAUCAGAAAGAGGAUUAAAUAAGGAAUUGUCACUUAAAUUACGUAAACCUCCAUCCAAAAUAGCAAGAGAAUUAUUUCUUGCAGCAAUUUCAUCUGAAAGAAAAAUUGAAUCAUUUAGUAUUAAUUAAGAGACAAAUGAUUAAGAGUUUCAAAAUAGGAUUAAACAUUUAAAUGAGAAUUAAUAAAUUAAUUAGAAAUGCAAUUGUCCUUAAAUUUUAAUUGUUGAUGAUGAAUAAAUUAAUAUUAUGGCUUUAUCAAUGAUGCUUGAUUAAAUGGGUUACUCAAGUGACUCAGUAUUUAAUGGAGAAGAAUGUGUCAAUCUAAUCUUCAGUAAUCAAAAGAAAAGUAAUAUAUAUAUUUAUAUAUAUCAUUUAGCUAGAUGUAAUAAAUGUAGUUCUUAAUUAUAUCGUAUGAUUUUCAUGGAUAUUAAUAUGCCAAUCUUAGAUGGAAUCCAAACAACGAUCAGAAUUAAAUCCAAAUAUUCCAAUAUCAUAGUUAUUGCAUGUACAGCAUUCUCGGAUACAGAAACUCGAAACACUUGUUACAAAUGUGGAAUGAGUUAUCAUAUACAAAAACCAGUCAAAAAAGAUUAACUCAUUGAAAUACUAUCUUAUUAUCUAAAUUGA